UCUACCGCUACCGGCCUCUGCUGCUGAAUCUACUCCAUUCCCUCCCUCCCCCAUCCCCUUCCCCCGCUUUGGUCGAGCCUCUGCCUUCACUUCCCUUGCGAAUGACCCCCCAAUUGCGUGGUACCGUCUCAUACAUUAUUACCUAACACACACACAUUAUUACUACAUACACACAUUACUUUGACGACUGAGCACGAGACACUCCGGUCUAGUGGACCCUUCACACGCCGUUCACGGCAACAUCUGCCGGCCCGGAAUUGCAGGCAUCUGGACGCCUUUCACAUGCAACUGGACGAACGCUAAAGCGCCCAAAACUAUCCACCAAUACCUAAUACCUCCUCCCUCUACAUGUACCUCCAGCCUACCCUACCCUCGACUUCUUCAUCAAUCUGCUCUCCGCGUGACGACACUCCCUUGUUCGGGCUACAUGUACCUUGCUGAGGCACCACCUCCACCACCACCACCACCAACGGAAACUCCCAAGUCGGUUCUGAUGUCUUCCUGAUUGUCACCACUACAUGUAUAGCCACUGCCCAUUCUCCACCACGCAAUCAUACUGCAAGAUAUGGGGCAGGCAGAGCGCGCAGAACGCGAAUCCCGAGCAAGACAGACUGUUGCACGAGCCAUUCCCGAAGUUCUGAGAUCCAGUAUCAAGGCCAAGCAUGGAGUGCUCCGAAGCGAACUCAUUGACGAUCCACAGCCGAUAGUAGUCAGCACGACUGCCAGUGCGGCGGGUCCAGUACAUCCGUCACAUCUGACCAUCCGCAUCGAACAUGGAGGCUGCCUCGACGUGGCCCGAAAGAUUUCUGAACGACAUUUCGCCACCUCAGACACUCGCCGGUCGAGCCAAGAACGCCCCAAUGUCGCUGUCCAUAAUAUGGGAUCCAUGACAGUUCGAGGAGGCGGAUUCCUGAGAGGCAUUGGAGGCCAGGAAGAGUAUUUGUGCGCGCGAACGACGCUGUACGAGUCGUUGCAUGACGACUUCUACUCCUUACCCGUCAAGGGCGGUGUCUUUUCGCCCGAUAUUCUGGUUUUUCGCGAUGCUCAUGCCGAGGACUACAAGAAGCGGCAGCGCUUCUUCAUCGAUGUGAUUACGGCUGGCACAUUCAAGCAUCCGCGAGAGAAGAGUUGGGACGAAAAUGCUGAUGCCUUUUGCUCGUGUGGUGUCAGCUACUGCGAUGAGCACAGGAGCAUCAUGAUGCAAAAGAUGAAGGCGGUGCUUCGCAUCGCCCAGAUGAAGGGUACUAAGCGUCUGAUCCUGGGAGCAUGGGGAGUCGGAGGCAUGAAUCAUCCGGCCGAAGAAGUCGCUAAGUUGUGGCGAAAAGUCAUAUCCGGUGCGCAGAGACAACGACGUCCCAACGCAGAGCAGUGGGAUUCGAUCGAUGAAGUCAUCUUUGCCCUUCCCGACUCCAUUCAUCGCAAGACUUUCGAAAAGCAUUUCUGCGACGUGAUGACGAGGGAGCCUCUGGAGCGGGUGGAUUCCGCCACCGCCAUGGAAGAUGAAGUCUACCAGCAAAAGACCCCCGACGCUCACCUCCUCGCCAGUGCGCAGUCGAUCGAACUUCGAAUGGAACAGGCGUCCAACGCUUUCUCCAAAGCCAGACUGCGAGACGAGUUACGUGCUGUCAAUCGUCAAAUCGCAGGCAAUCGUGCAGCUCGAGCCUACCGGCACGACGAUGGCCACGAUGAAAGCGAAGAUGUCGAGGACGACUUCGUCGUCGCUGGUUAUCCCGCCUCUGACGGAGAAGAAAACACAUUCUACGCCUUUGGCGACACGACGACGACCGAUUCCGCCUCCGACGCCGACGAUGCUCGCUCCGAAGUCUACGAGUUCCGCUUCGGCCAAUCCGCCAUUUCCGACUCGACUGCCGACGACGACGACGAAUUUGACGGGCACUCAUGGGUCGGAUGCGCCUCCUCGCCACGCUUCGAUCCUCAGACCGGUUGGUUUCAAGGCAGCAUCGAUCAGCUGCACGUGCUGAACAGCGGCGGAAGACUGAAAGACGAAGCAUCCAUCAGUCCGCGUAGUCCGCUGUUUCAACAGGACGCUUUGCAGGAUGUGAAGGAGCCGAUGAGUGCUUUGACAGGGCUCUUGGAACGAUUCCGCAGACCUGAUGUGGUGGAUCAAAGCGAGUGAAUGCGCCUCAUUCUUGUUCUUUUUACGUUGGUGAAUUGAGCUCAGAUCUAGCCCCCGCAGGAGGGAGCAUGAAAGCGACUUUUUUCGUUAUACAUAUAUAUACACACUCUUGGAUGAGAAACAGCGACGAUAGCGCAAGCUUCCCCAUUUUUUGUGGGAAGGCGAGAAGUAUAGAGCCAAAGGAAAUAUCCAAAAAGAUUCUUGGUCAUGCACCAAAAAAAUGCAGGCGACAGACAUACAAUGUCACGUAGCCUGUAAAUGAGUAAAUCCAUCUAGGCAGC